GCAAAAUCAGGUAGGUGACUGCUGCAGCCCUCUUGGCCGGUGCGAAAGUAUCGCUCCCGGAGCGAUCGGUCUGGACGCCGUGUGCAUCCUCGACAGAGCAAAGGAUCCCAUCGCUCGACCCACCCGCUCGCCUGCCAGUAACAUCCACCAUGGUCGGCUUCACUUCAUCCCACCUGCUCUCUGCGGGCUUUGCCCUCUCGGCCCUCGUCUCGCUGGGCUCGGCCCAGUUCAGCCCCCUCAAGUGCUUUGGCGACGUCAACAACACCGCCCGCUGCGAGUACUCGGGCGACAACUGCUACUUCUUUGACGACUUCAACACCCUGAGUGCCGCGCCCUGGAGCUCAUACACCGGCGACAUGUCGGCCAACUUUGUGAUCGAGUCGGGCAGCCCCUACGUCAAGGACGGCAUCCUCUACAUGCCGCUGCUCGAGUCCUUCCCCAACGCCCACCGCGGCAAUGCCUCGAUCAUGUCGACCACCGGCUUCCUCAACUACGGCUCGUUCGAGGCCCGCCUGGCGACCGUCGGCCACUCGGGCGUCAUCACCACGCUGAUCUCCAUCUCCAACGUCCAGGAUGAGAUCGACUUUGAGUUUGUCCCCAAGCAGCCCUCGGCCUACAACGAGGUCCAGGCCAACUGGUACCACCGCGGCGAAGCCACCUACGACGUCAACUUCAACAGCGGCCAGACCAACAACAACACCUUUGACAACUUCCACGUCUACAACCUCACCUGGACACCCGAUGUCAUCGAGUGGCGCGUUGAUGGCCAGCUCUUCAACUCGCUGAACCGCCUCCAGAUGGGCAACAACUCGUUCCGAUUCCCCAACACUCCGUCUCGCAUCUCCUUUGGCAUCUGGAACGCCCAAGACAACAAGUGGGCCGGCAACGGCACCAUCGACUAUGCCACCCUGCCUGGCGAGCUGCAUGCCCGCUUCGACUACAUCCGCGUCGUUGGCCUUGGCUGCAACAGCACCACUCCCCGCACCCUUCCCGCCACCACCGCCACGGCCGCUGCCACCUCCAGCGCAAGCAACGGCGUCUCGCCCACCGGCGUUCCCAACAAGACCGCCUCGGCGUCCUGGAUUGUGUCGCCCAACCUCAUCCUCGCCGCCGCCUUUGCGGUGCUGCUGGCUGCCCAGUUCUAAGUGUGCGAGAGGAACCCGCUGUGCGAGGCAAUCCUCUUGAACACCUGCACCGCUUCGGCGGUCUUUUUAUUACCGCCUGUGGCCAGCUCGUCGCGGCUCGCUCUGGCCAUUGCUUUCUCUGGCCAUUGCUUUCCCCCAUCCACCCAUCUAUCCAUCUAUCCAUCUAUCCCCUCUCGGUUUUGGUGUCCAGUUUUCACGGUCCCCGCCCGCCGUUGUCGUCGUCUUCUCGUUCGGAUCGGAUCGGAUCGGGUCGAUCGGACUCUAUCUAGAAUCCUCACCUCAUUGCAUUUGAUGAUCGUGUGCCUCCCCUUUGGACCCAUUUACGUUUUUGCAUGCGCAACAGGGCUGCUCUUCCAUUCCGACCCGGCGUAUUGUGCCGCGCACCCUGCAAAAUAUAGACACUCGCAAUAUCAUCAUCACAACCGA